CUUGGAGGAGAAGGAGAGCGUCGAUGAAGCCUACGGGAUCCUGGCAGGAGAGCUGAUACCCGAGGCGUUUCCGGCCAAGGCAGCGCCCGGCCAGAGGCUGCUGGGCACUCUCUACAAGCAUCCACCCACGAAGAGUUGGUUUGCCUUGUGCUCAGAGAACGCGAGGGAGUGCACAGCCGAGGCCUGUCACGUGUGUGAGAUCACGACGGGGGUUUAUGACGAUGGGACCUGCAAAGGCAGGAAGUGGGUUAGGGCGGAUAGCGGAGACAAUCAGAUCAAGUUUGCCGUCGCCAGCUCGCAGCCGGGCGUGCUGCAGCUGGUAGCGAACCAUUGGAUACCCGUCUCGGUGGAGAAGGAGGACAGCGAAGGGUCAGAAGUGCUGGUCGUCUCAGAUCUCGGUGCUCUCGUGCUCGAACUUUCAAAAGUUCUGAAUGGCGAAGUCGCUCUGAAUUCCUUCCCCAUCUCCUCUCCUCCUCGACCAAUGAAACCCAAGAAGGGCGCCUCUUCCAGCCCUGUGCCAUCGGUAGCAGCUGAGGGUGGGCAUGCGCCUGCUGGUUUGAUGAAGGAGGAAGUGACGAGCAGUACCAAAAGUGACCAGGGCGAGGUGAAGAAUGAGCCCAGUCGUGAGACGGAGCAAGCCUUGCAGUCAAAAACUUCUUAACAGAGUCCAAUGAAGUCGACGGCUACUGCUGUCAAG